AUGACGGACACCUCCGCUACCGUCCUCGUCCUUCACGGCGCAAAGGAUCUCCGCGUGGAAAAACGCACCGUCCCAGCUCCGCAAGGAAACGAAAUCCAAGUAGCCAUCCAAGCAACCGGUCUCUGCGGCUCAGACCUACACUACUACUCCCACGGCCGCAACGGCGACUUCGUCGUCCGCGAACCAUACUGCCUCGGCCACGAAUCAGCCGGCACCGUAACAGCCAUCGGAAAAGAUGUCUCAACCCACAAAGUCGGCGACCGCGUCGCAUUGGAAGUGGGUCUUCCCUGCCGCAAAUGUUCACUCUGUCUACAAGGACACUACAACAUCUGUCCCUCUAUGCAAUUCCGCAGCAGUGCAAAGGUCUUCCCCCACCUCGACGGCACUCUAAUGGAACGAACAAACCACCCCGCAGACAUGUGUCAUGCUCUACCCGACAACGUCACCGAUGCGGGUGGUGCACUUGUUGAGCCGUUAGCAGUUUGUUUGCAUGCUAUUCGGCGCUCGAGGCCUCCAACUAAGGAGGUUGCUGAGAUUUCCCGAUCAACAGGUGAAGGGACCGCUGCACUUGUUUUUGGUGCUGGCGCAAUUGGUCUCCUUCUUGCUGCUUCUCUCGCUGUAAAUGAGAACUUUACCUCGAUCGUUGUUGCUGAUAUCGAUGCUUCUCGUCUUGAGAUUGCUGCUUCCCUCGGUCUGGGUCUAAAGACUCUCGUUAUUCCACGCGGUGAUCCUUCGAAUCCCCCUCCCGCUAAGGAUGCACCACAGUCAGAGCAGACCGCUUGGGCAUUAUCUAAUGCCCAGAACGUCGCGGCGAAGUUAACUGCCGCCGCGGCCAUAGAUGAUGGCCUUACCGUUCCGGGCUUUACUCGUGUCUACGACUGUACCGGUGUGUCUUCUUGUGUACAGGCUGGUAUCUAUGCUUCUCAGCCCGGUGGUGUCCUUGUACAGGUUGGUAUGGGUAAUCCUAUCCAGACACUCCCUGUUGGCGCGGCGGCACUUCGUGAGGUGGAUAUUAUUGGUACAUUCCGAUAUGAUGGACAUUCGUACCCGGCUGCUAUUGCCUUGUUGGCUAGUGGGAAGAUGCGGGUUACUGAGGAGAAGGUUGUUACGCAUCGCAUCCCGCUUGAGGAUGGGGAGAGGGCGUUCUCGUUGGCUGGGAAGGGUGUUGAUGAGGCUGGAAGACCUGUUGUUAAGGUGAUUAUUGAGGGGCCUAGUGAGGCUGCGAGAGCUAGUUUGUGA